UAUAUUGCGGGGUUUCUAAAUAGAACAGGUGUAACCAAAGAUACCACCUGGUGCCUGGAGUAUCCCGGGGGAGGGGGCGGCGUUAUCUAAAACAGUAAUAUUAAUAUUAACAGUAAUGUAGUCCAAGUGAGGGGUAGAGUAAGAUCCAGGAAACGGAAGGAUGGUGGAAAUUUUGGGGAGGGAUGCUGACCCGCGGAUAAGAAUGAAGCACUGAGCGAAUACUUGCAACUUAAACAUCUCAACUGUCAUCACUUCAUUACUCUCUUUGGAAAAUAAUCCUCGUGAAACUAUUGGAAAUUCCCAAAGCAGAAGGAUACCACUGUUGAUGGAAAUGCCUCAUAGUCAGGUGGCUGAAAAUGGGUAUAGUGACAUGGCUUAUACACAGGAGCACAGUAAACCAUUGAGCAAUGGCACUUUACAUUCAAGUGCCAUCAGCCCCUUAGAUUCUUGCAAAAGACCUUUCUGUGAUACAAACUCUGGACCAAAGAAACAGUGCAAAAAAACCAGUGAAGAAAAUACUGCUUGUGGAUGGGGGCCUUUUAAGCCUGAUUGCUUACAGGUUUGCAGUACCCCAAAGGGAAUUUUGUUUUUCCUUUGUCUAGCUUCCUUUUUGCAAGGCAUGACUGUAAAUGGCCUCAUAAACACAGUCAUUACCUCAUUAGAGCGGCGUUUUGAUCUCCAUAGUUACCAGAGUGGACUGAUUGCUAGUUCAUAUGACAUUGCAGCAUGUGUCUGUCUGACGUUUGUUAGCUACUUUGGGGGUAAUGGACAUAAACCUCAGUGGCUGGGCUGGGGGAUUCUAGUCAUGGGGUUUGGCUCCUUUGUGUUUACAUUACCUCAGUUUGCCACUAGUAGCUAUAAAGUGAACUUCUCUGAAGAGAUUGGAAUGUGUCACUCCAAUCAAAGUGCACCGUGUACACCGAGUACCUCAAGUCUCUCAAACUACAGAUUUAUCUUCAUGCUUGGGCAAUUUCUUCAUGGAAUUGGAGCCACGCCUCUCUACACUCUUGGAGUGACCUAUUUAGAUGAAAAUGUCAAGACCAGCUAUUCUCCAGUCUACAUUGCUAUUUUCUAUACUGCUGCAAUACUUGGCCCUGCUGCAGGUUACUUGAUAGGAGGCUCUCUGCUUAAUAUUUAUACAGAAAUUGGCAGCCAUACCGACCUUACCCCCGAAAAUCCUCUAUGGGUUGGGGCCUGGUGGAUAGGCUUCGUAGGGGCUGGAGCUGCUGCGUUUCUCAUCGCCCUGCCCAUCCUUGGCUAUCCUCGUCAACUGCCAGGAUCCCAGCGUUACGUAGUAAUGAGAAGAUCUGAAACUCAUCAGUUAAAAGACGGAAGCGAUAUUACAACAGCCAACCCAGAUUUUGGAAAAACUGUUAAAGAUCUGCCUCUCUCCAUCUGGCUACUCUUGAAGAACCCCACUUUCAUCUUACUCUGUUUAGCUGGGGCAACUGAAGCCACACUCAUUUCUGGAAUGUCAACUUUUGGGCCCAAGUUCCUUGAAUCCCAAUUCAGUUUAAGUGCCUCUGAAGCUGCUACCUUGUUUGGUUACUUGGUUGUGCCAGCGGGAGGCGGCGGCACAUUAUUUGGAGGAUUCUUUGUGAACAAGUUUAAGCUUCGCUGUUCAGGAAUCAUUAAGUUUUGUCUGUUGUGCACAUUAAUAAGUUUUUUGGCAACCUCCAUCUUUUUCCUGCACUGUCCCAAUAUGCCUAUGGCAGGCGUCACCCUUCACUAUAACAACAGCACCUUGCCAGAAGGCAUCCUCCAGCUGAUGGAGGAUUGUAAUAAGGACUGUGAGUGUCUGACAGAGACCUAUAGUCCCAUCUGUGGCUCUAACAACAUCAUGUACUACUCUCCCUGCCUUGCAGGCUGCACUAAAGGAGCCAUCCUUCCAAGUGGCCAAAAGGUUUACCGGAACUGUAGCUGUAUUCCUCAAGGUUAUGCUACAGCAGGGAAAUGCACUUCAUCUUGUGAGAAAAAAUCCCUUCUCCUGUUUUUCAUGUUCAUUGCAAUUUUCUUUACAUUCCUCAGUAGCAUUCCUGCUCUCACGGCAACGCUACGGUGCGUGUCUGACCGCCAGAGAUCUUUUGCACUGGGAAUCCAGUGGAUUGUUGUAAGAACGCUAGGUGCUAUUCCAGGUCCAAUUGCCUUUGGUUGGGUGAUUGAUAAAGCUUGUAUACUAUGGCAGAACCAGUGUGGGGAUCAGGGCUCUUGUUAUGUUUACCAGAACUCAGAUAUGAGCAAAUACACUCUCACUGCUGGAUUUGUUUACAAGGUGCUUGGAUUUAUUUUCUUUUUGAUAGCCCAUUUACUAUAUAAACCACCAACAGGAUCACCAAAAUCUCUACCUUCUACUGCAUCAGAUGACAACCCUAGCCUCAGUGAAAAUCAUACUCCGCUCCCGAAACAAAAUGGCGUAUAGUAUUUUCUCCAUGUCAAAGAUAAACCCAUUUUGGGCCUUCUCUCCUCCUGUUGCCUUUUAAAGUCACUGAGUGAGCUCCCAAUUUAGUACAACAAUUUUGUUCAAUUUUCACCGUACUUUUGAUCCUGAACUUUAAUUUUUAUUCAAAGGUGUAUUGUUUGGGUGAUUAUCAGAAGUGAUUCAAAAUGAAUCCAUCUCCUUUACCAUUGAAAAGCACAAUCUGAUCUUCCUAUUUCCAAAAGUGAUAGGAGUUCUGGAAAGCUGAACUUUAUUUUGAUGUUUGAGUGGGUCCAUGAGAUUUGUGGAGCCAUUACAAAGCAAUGAAGACACCUGAGGAUGGGGCAGUGGAGAAACGAUUAGGGCCAUCUGUGUGAAAUGAGAAAUAUGGAAGAAAGAGACCUUCUCCCUGUGCCAGAAAAAUGACCAACAAGGCCAUUUGUGAAGCUAGGAGUGUUUUGUUUGUAGCUGGAAAAAGGCUGCAACUGUUCACUGUUAUUUUGGAAAGGAAAUUGGAUGGAGAUGGGUCAGGGGAUUCCACCAGUCCACCCCAAGCCUUAGAGAAGGGUGGAAGCUAGACAUUGGUGGCCAGGUAAUAUAAUGUCCUGUUUUUCCUUCUUGAGUUCUCAAAUCUGAUUUGUGUGAUAUUGACAACCUAAGGAUGCACUAGAUCUUACCAAAAGUUUUACUUUUCUAAAUACACAAAAUGAGGACCUAUGCAGUGUAUUACUUUUGUCAUUUUAUAAAUGAUAAACAUUAAAAUCACAUUUUGUUUUGUAGGGGGAGGGUUUGGCAAUUCCAAUUUUCUAUAGAUCGCCCACCCUUGUUCAAAACACACUACAUUUGAGUAAAGCUAGAGUCUAGGGGUCAGGUAAUUGUAAAUGGCUAUGCUUUGGACCUAUACUUAAAACUCAUUCACAAGUGAUGCGAAUGAAAAGUAAUCACGUUCAGAAUGGCGUCAGUAAGCCUUAUGGACUUGUGAACUCUUGUUUCAGAUCAUAGCAUCAUUCAAGCCAACUUCUUUGGUGAUAGCCUGCGCUUUUUCUAACUCAUGAUUUUCCAACAUAGAAAGAUUAAAAACAGAUUAACUGCAAACCAUUGAUGCCAAUGAGAAAUGCUUUUUAUAUAUAACCAUUUUUCUAAAAAAACUCAAAAAAAUUUAUUGUAGGACUAAGUAUGUUGAUUUGCAUACUUCAACCUGUGUAACACUUCCUUCAGCACACUACUCUGUCUUGCAGGGGAUUUUACCUGAAUGUACAUUGGAACCAUCAUUUUGUGAAAAUAUAUUUAUGAAUGUACAGUUUUACACUUGAAUCAUUUGUGUUUAUAAAGUGAAGCAACUAGAUUUAUGAGCAUAUGUUCAGAGCUUUGUGAUUUAAAUUCAUUUGUUUUUAGUGUACCAUGGAUAUUAUGUGUAUAGUUAAUAUUUUAAAAUGUUCAUUUAUGACUUGUAAAGUGUUAUUUCUAUAAAUUCAGUUUAACUUGUUUGUAUAUACCUUACCUGGAAACAUGGUCCAAGAUGAGUUUCAUUCCAGUUUGAUGGUUUGACCAUGAAGAUCCUCUUCAUACUAUAGUUCAAAUAAGAUUGCACUGCAGUUUUGAGGGCAGGUUUGGUUCCUGGGAGUCAAAGUGAGUUAAAGGGAGAGAAUACAUCUGAUUUUCUUUUGUAAAAAUGCAUCCUGUAAGGGUCAUCCUAAGUGAAGUGGCUGCAUUUUCAUUUAAUAAAAAAAAAUUAAGAAAGACUGCCCCUUAGUGGUUUGAGCUUUUUGUGCUCUAGAAGGCAAAUGGGGGGCCUGAUAUACAUCUUUAAAAAGCCUGCAUCCGUACUGCUUGGUCUUUGACGAAAGAGCUAAAGCUCUCCAGGUCAGAACAAAAGCAUCAUGGUAAAUAUGGGCUGUUCCUACUCAAAGAGGAGAGUGUGUUAGAAAGGAAAUUCUGGUCACUGGAGAGAGGAUUGGAGUCUUCUCAGAUGACUUAACUAAGUUUGGGACUGAUCAAACCAAGGAGAAACUGUGCUUCAAUACCUGAGGAGUAAGGAAAAUUACAUACCCUAAACCCAAACUGACUGUCAUGUGCUUUGUCUUGCAGAAGGAAGGAUCUUGGUUUUGAUGCAUCUACUUUUCUUAGAUGACAAUUCAUAAGAAAUGCAGGAAGUAGUACUUUUGAGUUGGGCAGUCAUUGGGCGCUUUGGGUGCUAAAUCAUCAACCAUUGACAGGAAUAAAGCAGAUUAGAUUAGCUAGCAAAAGGGAGAAGUAGUACGGUUGGCAAAAGACAUUAAGGAAGUCUUAAUCCAAAUACCAUUUACUUUAGAAUUAGAAAAAUAAAUUGGAGCUAUUUAAUGGGUUCCUAACAGAAAGCAGUGGAAGAUAUCUGACUGUAGAUACUUAGAUGAUAACUUGGUGUACCAAAAUCAAAUGGAUGGUUAUCAUGCUUAUAGGGUUUAAAAAUGUUCACUAACAUUCAAUGUUUUAACUAUAUUAAAUCAUUAAGUACCAAAAGGUAAAGAAUCAAAUAGAUGGCUUGCCUCAAGAGUUUUAGUUUUCUGUAUUUAAUGUCGGCAUUUACUUUGGCAGGUGGAUAAUCAUUUCAGGCCCAUUCUAGCACUUCUUAUUCCAUUAAUUGGAGGACUAGCAAGAUAAUGUUUUGGUGUCCUUUCAGUUCUUGAAUGGAACACAUGCCCCACAGCAUCAUUUUGCCUCCCAAGCAUUACAUAGUAAUACAAUGACCAGUAUCUCAUCAUAUUUUCCAUGUGAGUAAUGUAACCCAAUAUCCUUUUGUAAAGAAUACAUUAAAUAAAUGGAACUAAAUUUUUAUGA